AAGGAUGGUUAUUCCCCUUUACUCAUUUCGUCUUACAGUAAGUCAGAUGAUAUGGUAGAAGUUGUAUUGUUAUUAUUAAAUCAUAAGGCUGAUAUUCAUUCAAAAAAUAAAGAAGAAUACACUGCUCUUCAUAUAUCUGCCUGGAAUGGUUUCUUAGAAACGGUAAAAAUUUUGUUAGAUUUUGGUGCCAAACCUGAGAUGCAAACAAUAGAUAAGAAUACACCAUUUACACUGGCUGCUCAUGGUACACAUCUCCAUAUUUUAGAGCUUCUUUUACCAUUAGGCUGUGAUGUUAACACUCAAGAUAAAGAUUUAGAUACAGCAAUCCAUUAUGCUGCUUACAAUGGGGAUAGUGAUUCUGUUAGAUUUCUAUUGCGUAAUGGUGCCCAAGCUGAUAUAAAAAAUCGAUUGGAUGUGACACCAUUAUGGAAUGCAGUAUAUUCAAAUUCUAUUGAUGUUGUGAAGUUGUUGAUCAAACAGAAUGUAACAUUAGAAACA